UUAGCGGAUUAUCGAUUUGUCAACAAUCGUUUUGAGCUAUUUAAGUGGCUGUAACUUGAUUUUGUACGCUAGUGCUUAAACACGUUCGCAGUGGAUUGUACAGAUAAAAAAGAACGAAAAUGCAAGCGUUAGAGUUCGAUUCAAAAAAGAAGGUGCUAAACAUAACAAAGAAAAAUAUUCCCGAAAUAACUGAUUCCCAUCAAGUGUUAGUAAAAGUUGCCUACUCAGGAAUUUGUGGCACAGAUAUUCACAUUAUAGCGGGGGAGUUUCCUUGUAAAGAUGAUAGUCCAGUGACUAUGGGUCAUGAAUUUUCCGGUACUGUUGUUAAAACCGGAUCUGAUGUAACCCAUGUAAAAGUAGGAGAUAAAGUAGCAGUUGACCCUAACAACGGCUGCAAUGUUUGUUACUUUUGCCAUUCUGGAUCUCCACAUUUUUGUAAAAUCGGGGGUAUUAAUAAUGCAGUUGGAAUUUGGAGACAUGGAGGCUGGGCGGAUUAUGCUUUAGUACCAGAUAUUUUAGUACAUCUAUUGCCUCCAACGGUUUCCCUUAAACAAGGAGCAUUAAGUGAACCAAUGUCCUGCGUGGCUCAUGGAUGGGAUAGGAUAGCGCCAGUAACUGUUGGUCAAAAGAUCCUUAUAACUGGUGCAGGAAUUAUAGGAAACCUUUGGGUGAUUGUUCUUCAUUUGCAAGGACACAGAAGAGUUGUAGUGUCAGAACCAAACGCACAAAGAAGAAAAAUUAUCGAACACCUUGAAACUGGAUAUGAAUGUGUUGCGCCAGAAGUUCUACAGGAAAGGACUAAAAAAGACCCCAAUUACUUAUUCGAUGUUAUCAUCGAUUGUAGCGGAUCUCCUGCGGCUAUUCAAAGUGGCUUUGGACUUUUAAACUAUGGUGGUAAAUUUUGUUUGUUCGGGGUUGCCCCUCCUCAUGCCACAGUGAGUAUUUCACCGUUUCAACUUUACGCUAAGGAAGUGACUCUGUAUCCCGUACUCGUCAAUCCUUUGACUUUUCCAAAAUCUUUAGGACUUCUAGAAGCAUUGGGUGACAGGUACAUCGAUUACGAGAAGUUGGGAAUAAAAACAUUCAAAUUAAGCCAGUACAAAGAGGCCUUGGACGAACUUGCGAAAGGUAAAAUCGGUAAAGCAGUAUUUGAAUUUUAGUCAUAUUGUAAGCAAAUGUUGAGCAAUUUUAGUUGUAAGUACACAAGCGAUUGUGAAAUAAAAAUAAAGUUUUCAUUUAAAAUA